UAUAGCAGUAAUAUACGCUGAAGAAAUCAGCAUUCGACAAAGCCUCAACCUAUCAAGGAUUCACGAUAGGGUUUUCCAAAGAGCGGGUACCGACAGAUGAUAGGCAACCUCAAGUGGCACAAGAGGGGAAGCGAAUGCACUAGACCACGAAGAGUUAAUGCUCAGCUCGAUUCCGCAUGUUCCGCACUUGACCCCGCCAUCUUCCUCGGCCAGCGAAUUGUCCUACCCUACAGUACGGGUAAACGAAAUUGGGACCAGAGAUAGAAGUAUUUUGUUUCUCAGUCAUUGAAAAGUACUUCCAUACUUUCCAGAAUUCGAAUCAACACCGAAGAUCCUGAAAGCAUGGCUCCAGCUCGUGUAGUCACAAUCUCAUCAGGACCAGAUCCCGACGCCAUUAUCCCCGCCAGCGAUGCACACCACGAAAACGAAUGGUACAACCAAGAUUUCACCGGAUACCGCAUAACAGAGCAACCACUGCACACCAAACGGCGUCUCCGAAUGAUAUGCGUCGGUGCUGGCGCCGCCGGACUCCAGCUCGCUUACAAAACCGAACGACUCCUUGAAAACGUCGAGCUUCAGAUUUAUGAGAAAAAUCACGAUAUCGGGGGAACCUGGUUGGAGAAUCGGUAUCCGGGGUGUACGUGUGAUAUCCCGAGUCAUAGCUAUCAGUUUACUUGGGAGAAGAAUCCGGGGUGGAGUCAUUAUUAUUCUUCGGCUGAGGAGAUUUGGAGGUAUUUUAAACAUGUCUCGACGAAGUACGAUUUGGAGAAGUAUAUCAGGUUCAAUAGCAAGGUCAAGUCAGCUACUUGGGAUGAGGAUGCAGGAGUUUGGCGACUCGUCGUCGUUGCGAAAGAUGGGAAAGAGUUUGAGGAUCAAUGUGAAAUUCUGGUCAACGGAUCUGGCAUCCUAAACUCCUUCAAAUAUCCUAAUAUACCUGGUAUUGGCGAAUAUAAGGGAAAGCUGAUGCAUAGCGCAGCAUGGGACAAGGAAUAUGACUUGACUGGCAAGACCGUGGCGAUAAUUGGGGGAGGAUCAAGUGCUGUUCAGAUUGUGCCAAACAUUCAACCAGUGGUUGGCAAAUUGAUACCAUUCUUGCGAUCUUCGGUGUGGAUUACGACAGGAUUUGGAGCAAAGUAUGCAGGACCUGGAGGAACUAACUUCAAAUACACGGAUGAGCAAAUCAAAGAUUUCAAGACAGAUCCUGCUGCCCUCGCGAAGUACGACCGUGAAGUUGAAGGAGAACUCAACAAGCGUUUCACAUUGAUGCAUAGGACAAGUAAAGACCAAAAAGUAUCACGCGACUUGGUAGCUGAGAUAAUGAAGGAGCAACUCGAUGACGAUCCGGUGCUCACAAAGAAAAUAAUUCCAUCUUUCGAUCUCGGGUGCCGAAGGAUGACACCUGGCUCAGGUUAUUUACAGUCUCUGACAAAGGGGAAUGUAGAAGUAGUCACGGAGUCCGUCGUGAAGUUCACCAAGAAUGGAGUAGUCGACGAGUCAGGAAAAGAGCAUUUCGCAGAUGUGGUAAUUUGCGCGACUGGCUUUGACGUCUCUUUUACCCCGCACUUCGAGGUCACUGGCAGAAGAGGCGCCAAUAUGAAGGAACAAUUCGGAGAGCUUCCAAAAGCGUAUUUGAGUAUCACUGCUCCUAACUUUCCAAACAUGUUCUUAUUCAUCGGACCCAACGGACCAGCAAGCCACAGCUCCCUGCUUCCAAUACUGGAAUGGCACACCCGAUACCUAUUCCAAAUGAUCGAGAAGAUGCAGACGGAGAAUAUAAAAGCAUUUGAGCCCAAACAGGCCGCGGUCGAGGAAUUUUACCAGCAUACGCACGAGCUGAUGAAACGUCUUGUUUGGUCGUCGGCUUGCAGGUCUUGGUUUAAGCAGGGGAAGAUACAUGGGCCUGUUACGGCUAUUUAUCCGGGGAGUCGUCUGCAUUAUUUUGAGAUGUUGAAGAAUGUGAGGUAUGAGGAUUAUGAGAUCACGUAUCGGUCGAAGAAUAGGUUCCAGUUUAUGGGGAAUGGGUAUACACAGUGCGAGUUGAGUGUCGAUGGCGAUCCGGUUUGGUAUUUUGAUGAUCCGUUUGUUCGAGUAUGAAUAUGAAUCAUGUUCAUUAAAUGACCUAAG